AUGCGUUACCAAGAGGAUCCGCAGGAGACAGCUGCGAAACCAAGCGACUCCGCAGGAGACAGCUGCGAAAUCAAGCGACUCCGCAGGAGACAGCUGCGAAAUCAAGCGCCUCCGCAGGGACAUCUGCGAAAUCAAGGCCCCCUAGCAAUGUGCAAGCACCUCUGCGUGGUGCUAGGGACCAGUAUUCAUCUCCCAUGGGAACUGAAGAAGCCAAGACUUGCACAGUAG